AUGGACUCGCGAAACGACGCCGCCGCCGCCGCCGCUCCACUGCCCCUAUACCCUCACGCUCUCCUGUCGCUUCCAGAUCUCUACCGCCCUCCGGCGGUCAUGGAGAUGUGGGAGCUGGAGGCGGUCGCCGCCGCGCUCCCGGCCAAGAAGCGGCGCCUGCGGGAGACCUUCGACCGCCUGGCCGCCUGCUCCCCGACGCCGCUCCCCUUCCGCUGGGAGGAUCUCGACACCUCUGGGAACUCGAAAAGUCCCCAGCACUUGCCCCCGCUCCGGCCGCAAUGUCCCUGCUGCCCGUCACCAGCGGCGGCGGACGUCGGCCAGGUGCGGGUCCUUGAAAAACCACGGCCUGCCCCUGCCCCUGUUCUUCCCGCCGUCUUGGCGCUUCCGGCCACAGACGGCGACGUCCACGAGCUUCGGGCCCUCGUGAAGUCCAAACCCGUCCAACCUCAACCUCCUGCGCCACCAGCUUCCGCCGCCGCAGUCUCCGCGCCGGCUGCCACCGGUGUCCACGUCGAGGAGGGAAGGAAAAGGAUGGCGUCUAUCCAGGAGGCGGAGGAAGUCCACAUGGCGAAGCGUACGACGCAUACGCAGGAGGAGGGCCAAGCAGAGAUGCAGUCGCUAAAGAUCCAGGAGGAUGCAGCGGUGAAGAAGAAGGCGUCUCCGUUGCACGACAGCAACGGCAAGGAGUUGAUGCCAGUUCCUCAUGGCGACGACGACAAUGGCCUCGCGGCGGAGGCGAGCACGAGCACGGACGCCACAGUGCAGGUGGAUCCCAUGAGCAAGGUCGCCGUCCUGCAGCCGGAGCUCCCUGGACCUGCCACGGCGCGCGACGCCACGAACCGUGUGCGGGCUGCUGGCGUCCCGAACUCCACUAGCCUGCAACGAAGUCGUCCGCCCCGCCCCGUCCCGGCCUCUGGCGCUGCAGCGUCCGCGGCGGCUGUCACCGGCAGGGAUCUGGAGAGGGGCAAGAAGCGGAAGGUGUCCAGUCUGGAGGUGGAGGCUGCCAGAAAGAAGGUGCAGACGCAACACGCCGUGCGUGAGGUUGAACGACGACACGAGUCACACGACUCGGUGGUCACCACCAAGAACAUCCCCUCUCACGAUGGUGGUGAGGCCAAGGCGAGCCCGCGUCGCGCUAGCCCCGGCAGCGGCAGUGGCCUCCCGAUCACGGCCGUCAUGGCCACAGCGCAGGUGGAUACAGAGCCCAGCAACUCCAGCAGAAUUCGGCACGAGCCCCCUGCCACGAUGCCCCACGCCUCCAACGCCACUAGCCAGGCGGUGCCUCCCAACUAUGAGGUCGAGGUGCCCAUGGAGAUAGUGCAACCGAAGGAGAUGCCGCAGGUGCUCAAAGAGGAUGCGUCAAUAUUAGCCAAGAAGGCAUAUCAAACACAAGUCACCAUCAAGUCUGAGGAGGCCGACAAGGUAAGUCCACUUCCUCUAGGCUGCAGCAAUGGCCAUGCACAGGCCGUCGCUAGCGCGGCCACCGCGAUGCCGCAGGUAGCCGCUGCUGCGGGAGCCACCGUGUGCAAAAGCUCACCCACCAUGACGCGCGACACCCCAAACCUUGUGCAGGCUAGCGUCCCGUCCCCGAAGAGCGCUGGCGUGCCCGCUGCCACGCGCGACGCCCCGGCCCCGAAGAGCGCCGGCGUGCCCGCUGCCACGCGCGACGCCCCGGCAUCGCACGCCACUCGACGUGCACCACCGGCAGCUGGCUCCCAGCAGGACGCCAGUGACGGUAGUCCAGUUCCUCCACGUGGAGGCAACGGUCUUGCUCAGUCGUCCCGCGUGAGCGCCGGCGCCGGCACGCAGACGGACAGCGCGCGUGACCUAAGCGCCACUACCCCUGUGCCGGCAAGCAGACGGGAACACACUGGCCCUUCGGAGACCAGUGCUCCCCCGAAUGCCGGCAAGCAGGUGCUCCAGCAGCAGCACAUGCCCAAACGUGAGCCGAUUUCUUCACCGAAAAAACAGCAGGAAUGGUCUUCCAAACAUCAUGGCGGCCGUCCGACGGGCUCUCGACCUGUGCCUGAAGCACAGGACGCUGAUACUCAGAGGUCGUGGAGCAGGCCCGGCGAGGGGAGAGGCGGCGGAAUCGCAGCUGCUAGAGGUCUAUGGGGAGACGACAACAACCGAAACAAGGACAGCUACAAAGCAAAGCGACCCCUAUUUUGCGACAAGUGCGGAUGCAAGGGCCAUCUGGCCGAAAAUUGUCGCACAGCAAAACACCUCGUGGCCCUCUAUCAGAAGGCAAAAGAGGAGAGGGAGAAGGAGCAGAAACAGAUUUGCUACAGGUGUGGAUGUACAUGCCAUUGGUCUCGCAAUUGUCGCACAGCAAAACACCUGGUCGACCUGUACCAAAAGGAUCGAGCGGCCAAGCGUGCCGCAGGACUUCUUCAGGAAUAA